CCAGAGAGCGAGUGAGAGAGUGUGAGGGAGGGAGGAAAGGGGGAAGGGGGCGAUUUGCGCAGCAGCAUUGAUGUGCUGCUUUCUAUCGCGAUGGGGAUGAUGGCGGCAGCAACGCACACCCGCCUUCUCAUGGCGCCCUCCAAUCUGCGCAUCUUUCUCGCGUCGCCGUGUUUGAGCAGCAGGAGUCUUCGGUGUCGGAGUACUUUGAGUCUUCCUGGCAGCAUUCUUGUUGGGAGGCAUUUGAGGUUGCGCUCCGUUAGUGGCGUAACGUUGCCUGGAAAGCGUGCCUCUUCUGAGCAGCAACGAAAAUUUGUGCAGUGCGCGAGAGCCUCCGUCCAGGCCGAGACGGCGGUGCAAGUAGAUAAUUCGGAGGAUGCCGCCUUAGCUAGGUCGUCAGGUUCACCGAGCACCGCGCCUUCGUUCCAGCAGGCAAUUCAGCGCUUGCAGGAAUACUGGGCAUCUGUGGGAUGCGUUGUGAUGCAGUCCAGCAACACUGAGGUGGGAGCCGGAACCAUGAAUCCGGCAACCUUCUUGCGCGUACUUGGCCCAGAGCCAUGGAAUGUUGCAUAUGUGGAGCCUAGUGUUAGACCAGAUGACAGUAGGUAUGGAGAUAAUCCCAACAGGGUGCAGCGCCAUACACAAUUUCAGGUCAUAUUAAAACCAGAUCCUGGAAAUUCUCAGGAAUUAUACCUGGGUAGCUUGUCUGCUUUGGGCAUCAAUACCAAGGCUCAUGAUGUGCGAUUUGUAGAGGACAACUGGGAAAGUCCGGUGCUUGGAGCAUGGGGGCUUGGCUGGGAAGUUUGGAUGGACGGGAUGGAAAUAACUCAGUUCACUUACUUUCAGCAGUCGGGGAGUAUGCCCUUGUUACCGGUAUCUGUGGAGAUCACGUAUGGACUUGAAAGAAUCUUGAUGUCUCUCCAGGGUGUUGACCACUUCAAAAAAAUUCAGUAUGCUCCUGGGAUCACUUACGGCGAGUUGUUUUUAGAGAAUGAAAAAGAGAUGAGUGCAUACAAUUUGGAGCAUGCCGAUGUUGGGAGGAUGCAGCAGCUGUUUGACCUGUACGAUGCUGAAGCACGCUAUUUGUUAAGUCAAGGACUUCCUAUUCCAGCUUACGACCAUGUAUUGAAGACUUCACACGCUUUCAACAUCCUAGAUGCGAGAGGGGCGAUUGGUGUGACAGAACGAGCUCGCUACUUUGGCCGCAUGCGCACAUUAGCUCGUCAGUGUGCCCAGAAGUGGGCGGAGAGCCGGGAGAAACUAGGGUAUCCUUUAGGAGUUUGGGAGGAGUUCCGCUGCUCAGAGAUAAUCCCUGAAGCAACUUCUCAGAUAGAUGUUUCCCGCACGUUUGUUUUGGAAAUAGGUUCGGAGGAGCUUCCACCCCAGGAUGUCUCUAGUGCUAUUUCCCAAUUGAAGGGGGUAGUUCCUUCCUUGUUGAAAGAGAAGCGGUUGCAGCAUGGUAGUAUCUCUGUCCAAGGAACUCCACGCCGACUUGUGGUAAUGGUAGAGGAACUGGCUACGCAGCAAGAUGAUAACGAGAAAGAAGUUCGUGGACCACCAGCUGCCAAAGCCUUUGAUGCUGAAGGAAAUGUCACCAAGGCCGCAGAGGGUUUUUGCAAAAAGAAUGGAGUUCGAAAAGAAGAACUGUAUACGAAGACAGAUGGAAAGACAGAAUACGUAUUUGCGAUAGUCAAGCAACAAAAGAAAUCAUCUGUUCAGGUCUUAGCAGAAGAGAUUCCAGUACUUCUUGCAAAUUUGUCCUUUCCCAAAACAAUGCGGUGGAAUUCUCAGGCCUCUUAUAGCAGGCCUCUGAGGUGGUUGCUGGCUCUUCAUGGAGAUACUAUUGUGCCCUUCACAUAUGCAAACGUCCGCAGUGGGAGAUCCUGUAGAGUGCUUCGCAACUCCUUCCAGCCAACCAUCCAGGUUGCCAAAGCAGAAGAUUACGUGGAAGCAACAAAAGAGGCAGGCCUCGUUAUUAGCAUGAAGGAGCGGAUGGAUAGCAUAUGGGCACAAAGUAGUGAACUUGCUGCCAGCGUUAAUGGUCUCAUUCCCGAUGAGUUCAAAGGCGGACUUCUCGAAGAGGUGGCCAACCUUGUGGAGUCCCCGAACCCACUGCUUGGCAGCUUUAAUGAAUCUUUCUUGAAAUUACCAUCGGACGUACUUACCACUGUUAUGAGAAAACAUCAGCGGUACUUUCCAGUUGUGGAUCGGCUGAAUGGACAGUUGUUACCAGCUUUCAUUACGGUGGCUAACGGACAAAUAGAUCAGGCUGUCGUUAGAAAAGGCAAUGAAGCUGUGCUCAGGGCACGAUAUGAGGAUGCAAGGUUCUUCUAUGAAGCAGACACAUCGAAGCCACUUGCAGACUACCGACCUCUGCUGCAGGGUAUAACUUUCCAGGAAAAACUUGGUUCAAUGUUGGACAAAAGCAAAAGGGUGGAAGCUAUGGUGGAUGCAUUUGCAUCAGCUUUGGGUCUUGAUGAGGCCAGUCUCGCUAUAGCUCGGCAAGCUGCACCGCUUGCGACAGCUGAUUUGGCAACAGCCAUGGUCAAGGAGUUUACCUCACUAUCUGGAAUAAUGGGUCGACAUUAUGCACUUCGAGAGGGACAGCCUCCGCAAGUAGCAGAUGCCAUUUUUGAGCAUGCGCUUCCACGCUCUGCGGGCGACUCGUUGGCGAAGACUGAUGCUGGGGUUUUACUAGCUGUUGUAGACAGGCUUGACAGUUUAGUGGGAUUAUUUGCUGUCGGAUGUCAACCUACAGCAGCUGCAGAUCCUUUCGGCUUGAGACGGAGUGCAUAUGGCCUGGUACAAACUUUGGUAGCGAAUGGAAAAGUCUUGGACCUUUCUCAAGCCUUAAGAUUUGCCGCAGAUGUGCAGCCCUUGCCUGUUCCAGACAAAGUUAUUGACGAGGUGUUGAUAUUUAUUGCUCGCAGGCUUGAGCAACUCUUGGUCGAUGGAGGUGCAAACGUUGUGAACGUGCGAUCAGUAUUAUCUGAGCGAGGCACAGUACCCACUCUUGCAGCUCGAUCAGUGUCUCAGCUGGAGACUCUUGCGACUGGAGAAGCUCUUGAUCGAGUUGUAGCUGCAUACGCCAGACCUACGCGGAUUGUUCGGGGGAAGGAUGUUGAUCCUUCAUGGAAGGUGAACGAAGAUCUCUUUGCUGUUCCAGAGGAAAUUGCCUUGUGGGAUGCGUACAAGCAGACUGCUUCUAAACUGCAUACAGGGGUGGAUGUGAAUGUUUUUGUGGAGGCUUCUCAGGCUUUGGUGGAGCCCUUGGAAGCUUUCUUCAAAAAUGUCUUUGUCAUGGCGGAAGAGGAGGAUUUGCGUAACAACAGAUUGGCACUCCUCUCAAGUGUCGCCAACUUGCCACGAGGCAUAGCUGAUUUGUCAAUAUUGCCAGGGUUCUAGGUCAAACAUUCUUUGAUGAAUCAUGGAUUUGUAAACCUAUGCAAUAGGCACCUUCUCUGACAUACUUCAUACACAUCUUUAUUGGGAGGUAGAACUUGAAACCAACUCAAAGUGCGAUGAAGAUUAGAAAGAACUGUGGUUGUAAACGCCCUCCUACUGCAUGAUAGUAGGAAGUAUCCAACACACAAAUCAUUUCAGUAGAUUGACAGGCUUCAAAGUUUCUAGCAAGUCCAGCAUUUUUGUAUGCCUUAUUCUUUCGAGUAUUGUUGCACAAAAAGAUGGUUUA